AUGGUGUCCUCUGAAAACCCCCUCAAGCGAUCCUCAACCUCACCUCUCCAGCAAAAUGCUCCCGACACGAAGCGCUUGAAGCGCCCUUAUCACCACCAUCACCGUUUGCUGAACCCCGUUCUUCCAGCUCUUCCGGAGCCCGCGAUCACUGACGAUGCCCGGGUUGACCAUCUGAUGAACCGCUCUAUUGGACUGUCGCUUCGCGAAUCUGGAUUCGACAUCGCUGAUCCCGCCGCGUUGGAAAGCUUUCGCAAUGCAGCGGAGGAGUAUUUCUUGAAACUCGCUUCCUAUGUUCGACAGUCGAUGCUAUCGAGUCGACGUACCCAACCUAUCCCUCAAGAUGUUGAACAUGCCUUUAAGAGACAUCGUGUGCGCGUGGGCGACCUUCUCCCACACGUGAAACCCUUGCCAGACGUCCCACCGGUCCCCAUCCUCCUGCCCAGUCCACCGCCAGAAGAAGAUUCUUGGGUCAGUCUGCCGUUUCUGGGCGCGGAACUAAGCGGCAGCGACGAUCGUGACAGAAGCGCAUACAUUCCAAAGCAUUUCCCUCAGUUCCCGAGUAAACACACCUACCGUCACACUCCGGUGUUCACCGAGCGCGAGCAAGAUCCACGGAAGAUUCGCGAGCGCGCGACCGAAGACGGCAGACAUGGCGAAGAGGCCUUGCGCAAGCUAGCGCGAGCAUCAUUCAAGGAUAACCAACUUGGCUCUGCGGGCCGUGAGAAGCGACCGUGGGGUCGGAGAAUGGAGAGCAUGGAUAGUAUGUUCGAGAAGACAGUCAAAGGCAUCGCAAAGAAGGUGCAGAGAGACACCGCUGCGUCGAGUACAGCUGCGCCUUUGGAAAUCGAUUUCGGGACGCUGGAUGCGGAACCCAAGCCGGCUCGACCCAAAGUCCCAUUGAGUCUAGAGCUUCCGCCAGUGAUCAAUUGUGAAAGAGACCUAUGGCGUCGAACGACGGCCCCCAGCAACCGAAGAGCAGAGGACAAAUCACCGGGACCGAAGGAUACCACAAGCGUGACGAGGGUGGAAAGCUGGGUGAGCACAUAG